UUCCAACCUUGAAGCAAUAGUAGACCCUGGUAGGGUAGGGAACUUACUUAAUUCUUGUGUCUGAUUCGAUCCCGUGAUAUGAUCAACUGACGGUUUUAUAUCGUGUACUUGGUGGUUUUACUAACGUUCGUUGUGAAUUAUUACGGCCAAUCCUCCUCGAAAACAUUCACCCUUUGCAUUUUGCUUUUAGUGAAAUACUGCAUGUUGGAUGUUAGGAGCGUACUGCUCCACGCCAUGAAGACAAGGUUGGAAUGAAGUCACAAUUUGAUGCACCGGGCACCAGCGAUUUCCCUUCAGCACUAGCAUGCAGCGCACGCAGCAGCAGCUCCAUCGGUACAAGAUGGCUGCUGCCAGUAAUGCGCCGUCUGGGCCCGGGCUGUCUAGCGUGCAAGGCAUGCCAGGACAGGGGCGCGGACCGAACAACGGCGCAGACUGGCGCAAAAACAUCGCUUGCAGAUAUUUCAUUCAUGGACUCUGCAGGGCAGGGGACAACUGCAGAUACGCCCACGACCGGGCAGGCAAACCUUCCACACGUUGCAAGUUCUUCUUACUUGGGACCUGUCGGUAUGGCAACCAGUGCAAGUUUGACCAUGACGUCCCAGGUGCACCCGUCCAGCCCAUGAGUAUAGCGCCCCCUACCAUGAUCCCCAUGGCCCAGAACAUCAGCUGGGGCCAGCCCCCUAUCCACCCCAUGUACCAGCCCGUCAUGGCCGCUGCGUACUACGCUCCUCCCCACAUGGUCCAGGUGCCCCAGCGGACCGACAUGACUGUGAUGCCUGACGGAUCCCAGGUGACUGAAGAGAGGAGAGGUUAUUGAGUUGCCGCCUGAAGUAGGUUGCGGGAGUUUGAUUUGCAACAGAUUAUUGAUGUACAUCCAUGCACCAUAGAGCAGGACCGAAAACACCUCAGAUGAGUUCCCAAGUAGAGUAUUUGUCAUUUUUUUUGUUUAACCACAGAACAAGAAAAUCUACAGUUUUCUAAUAUACUCAGUAAAAUUAUGUAGUCAACUUGAUUAUGCAUGUGUGUGUGUGUUUGUAGUGACUUGAAUUGCUGCAAAACAUGAAACUUGCCUGUAACAGACCAAAGUGUAAAGUUUGAAGAUCAUUUUGUUUUGUACUUGAUUGUCAAGAAAUAGUCACAUUUCUUAAGAAGUGUCCACAUUCAAUUUUCAGUAGUGAUUUCUGAAGGCAGUUUAACAGAAAAGACCCCCCCUCAAAAAAAGGGAAUAGGAUUAGUUUUGUGUUUUGUAGCAUAUCUUGAGUCUGUCUUCUAUCCUGUUCUUGAUGCAUUGUAUAUGUAUUACACCAAUAACCAGAGAAGUGGUCAAGUGGAACACUUCACUGCAACCAUUGCAGUUUACUCCCCAAGCAAGAAUGAUCGGCCUCGUUUCCUUCCACGAGCCUCUGAGAUGGGUCACAGAUAGAGGGCGCUUUCCACCUGCCCUCCCAUCUGUACGUUUGAAACAAAUAUGUUGUGAUUAACGUUAAUUGUAAGUUGGGUUGUUUUUUUAACUGAAGAACCGUACAAGUGCAAGCAAUGUUGUAAUUUAACUUUUUAUGGGGUUAUUAAGUAAACUUGACUGAUGUACCCAGUUAAUCUGAGGUUACUUGGUCAAAAAACACUUUUUCCUGAAAUUCUGCUUGAUCCCUACUGAAAACGAAGCAGAGUUGAAGAAAAAAUAUAAAUAGAUUGAAAUGGGGGUUAUAUCUACGACAGAUCGAACUUUUUUUUUUUUACGUCUGUGUACAUGUACUUUUAACUCAAUUUUGUCUGUCUUUGAUCACCUGAUUGUUUAUCAGAAAUAAUUUAUUACUUUUAGUAAACAGAUGGCCAACAGUUGAGGGGAUGAAAAAAAAAUAAUAAUAAUCGGAGCAGAAGGACACAAUAAUCUAAAGACUUGGUAAUAUGCAACCAAAGUUUUUAUUAUGAAUGCAGAACAGAGUAGUGAGAAGAGAAUGAAAAAAAAUUGAGGAAACUCCUUGCCUUACUAUUUACAAACUUUUCUCUAGGGAAAAUCAAAGAUUUUCACGGGGAUGUAAAUUUUUCCCAUUGAUUUUGAAUUCAAUGGGAAAUGCCUUUCUAAUAUUAGUAUGUUUAAAA